AGACGCCUUGAGGACAAUUUAUUCGUGCUGACGCAGGCCAUCGAGAUUGCCCAGAAGGAGAACCGCCCCCUUUACCUCUGUUUUCUCGAUAUCAGCAAGGCUUACGACAUGGUCGAACAUCGAAAACUGUGGACGCAGCUGGCAGAGCGGGGACUCUGCAGAGAGUGGAUAGACCUCUUGCGAGAAGUGUACAGAGGGACGACGGUGGUGGCACAGUGGCAGCAGGAGACAACACAUCCAGUGACCUGCUCCAAGGGCUUGAGACAGGGCUGCCCGCUGUCGCCGCUAUUGUUUAUGCUGUACAUAGCAGGAAUCGAAAAGCGGCUGCAGGAGAGUGGGGAGGGUUUCUCACUGGAAUAUUCGGAAGGCGGGGAAAGGAAGGGAGGAAAACUCCCGGGACUCAUCUACGCCGACGAUGUGGUGCUGAUGGCGGACUCGCUGCAGGGCCUGCAGGGGCUCAUGAACGAGUGUGGUGCAAUGGGAGAGGCCCUGGGGCUUAGCUUCAGUUCGCACAAAUCUGGGCUGAUGGCCUUUGGGGCAGCAGAGGAAAACGGGACCGCCAACCUGUCCAUUCAAGCCAAUCCUGUACCUGGGGUGGACCACUACAAAUAUCUGGGUGUAAACCUACAGAAGGGACACCACUACCUCCUAGAGCACGAGACGAAGGUCAAGGCGAAGAGCAGGAAGAACAAGGGCAUAGCAACGGCCAGGGCCCUCUGGGGAUAUAACCGAUACGAGGUAACCCGAGCGGUCUGGAAGAUGGUGGCAGUGCCGGGGCUCACUUUUGGCAACUCAGUGUUGUGCCUGUCAUCAGGUACCAGGCAAUACCUCGAGGUCCGUCAGAGGGAGGUGGGAAGGUCGGCACUGGGAGCAAGCCGAACAGCACCGAACGAAGCCGUCCAAGGAGACAUGGGCUGGUCCGGUUUUGAGGCCAGGGAGGCCCGAGCCAAGCUGGACUUCGAGCGACGCCUCAGCCGGAUGAGCGAAGAGCGCUGGGCCAGACAGGUUUUCAAGUAUGUACAUCUUCGGUCCGUCCCAACCCGGUGGGUGCGACGGACGCGCCAGCUGGCACAGCGAUACGAGGUCAACGGCCCACUCCUCUACCUAGCCGCGGAGCAGCCGGAACUGCAGCAGAGCAUCCGCACGAGGGUGAUCGAGAGCGAGACGCGGCGAUGGGCGGAAGUGGCACGUCUGAAACCAGCGCUGGCCCUGUAUGCCAGAGAGAAACAGGAGGUGAAGCGAAUACCUUUCAUGGACAACAGCAAGGGCAGUGCACUGCUUUCGGACGCCCGAGGCGGCAUGCUGCGGACCCGCGUGUUCCGCGCGAAGUACAUGGACAUGGAAGUGAAGUGCGUCAUGUGCGCGCAGGGAGCAGACGAGACGGCGGAACACGUCAUACUGGAAUGCACGGGUAUAAAGCCGGACGUGACGUACGAGUUUGGCAAUGAGACUCUAAAGCCAGACCUGGUUUUAGUUCAGGAGGAGCAAGCAAUAAUUGUGGACGCUCAAGUGAUUGGCGAAUACAAGUCCCUGAACUCACUAUAUGCCGAAAAGGUUCGGAAGUACUCGAGACCCGAAUUCAUUGAGGCGAUCAAAAGAGAUUUCUCGGUACGGAGAGUUGGCGCCUAUGCCCUAACAGCUACCGAAAGGGGUAUCGUGUGGCCAAAAUCAGCUGAUCUUUUGGUCUCGCUGGGCCUUUCGCGUCGAGAUGCGUCAUUUUAG